ACGUCACCACGCGUCCCUCCAGCGCGCGAAAAGCAGUGUGGAACGAAGAAUAGAUCCGAUCCCAUCUGACGGGCCUAUUUUUUUAUACCGCACAACGAGAGGAACCCGAUUCGAUUCGAAUUUAGAUCUGGGAGCGAGAAGCGCGUCCUCCCCCUCCCCCAUUUGAUGGAAUGCGGCCAUGGCCGCCAUCAUGGGUCUCCGAGACGCCACAUCCGUCGCAGCGGCGGCCACCUCCGCCGGCGCCGGAGCCAUCGCCUCCGUCGAUUCCACCAUUGCCGGGUUGCCCUACUCGCCGGCGAAGGAGAAGGCCGCCUCGCGUGGGUUCGGGUACCCUAGCCGCGCCUCGCUUCCGCUGCUUCUCCUCCGGUCCCGGAAGCUCGCCGGCCUCGUCAAGGCCCGGGUCCUUCUCGUCGCCUGCGUCCUCCUCGCUCUCUUCCUCGUCUCUCGCCAGGUGGGGCCCCUCAUGGGGUGGAACUACCAGCCUUCCUCUUCCGUCUCCUCUCCUUCCAGGGGUGGUUACACGGUACUGAUAAACACUUGGAAGCGCAAUUCUCUUCUCAAGCGAUCUGUGGCUCAUUAUUCAUCUUGUUUACGGGUUGAUGCAAUACAUGUAGUCUGGAGUGAAAGUGAUCCGCCAUCAGAAAGCCUUAAAGCCUAUCUCAGGAAGAUAGUGUUUUCACAGUCCCAAAGUGCCCGUAAACCAAACUUCAGAUUUGAACUGAAUGAGGAAGAUAAUCUGAAUAAUAGAUUUAAGCCCAUUGGGGACCUCAAAAAUGAUGCAAUCUUUUCAGUAGAUGAUGAUGUAAUUGUUCCUUGUCCCACUUUGGAUUUUGCAUUCGCAGUAUGGCAAAGUUCUCCGGACACAAUGGCGGGAUUUGUUCCACGCAUGCAUUCACUGGCUGAGGAAAAUGGUAUGCCAUAUUAUAGAUAUGGAGGCUGGUGGUCAGUAUGGUGGAUGGGUGCUUACAGUAUGGUUCUGUCAAAAGCAGCAUUUUUCCACCGAAAGUACUUGGACCUGUACACCUACAAGAUGCCAUCAUCUAUUCGUAAAUAUGUAACCAGGGAAAGGAACUGUGAAGACAUUGCUAUGUCGCUGCUCAUUGCCAAUGCCACUGGAGCUCCUCCUAUCUGGGUGAAAGGUAAGAUAUAUGAGAUUGGUAGCUCUGGUAUCAGCAGCUUGAAGGAUCAUAACAAGAGGAGGAAUAAAUGCCUCAAUGACUUCUUUUCCCUUUAUGGAUCUGUGCCUUUAGUACCUACCAGCAUGAAGGCUGUAGAUGCACGAGAAGAAUGGUUCUGGUAGCGCAAUCAACAUAUCCCAACUUAUUGGAGAUCACAUUUGUAUGUCGAAUGCAUUACAACCAACGUGCGCAUGCAGCUGGGAUCUCACAUUGUGGACUUGCAUCAAGUUAGAUAGUUUGCUCUUCUGGACAACAUCUACCUCCACUGUAGUAAUAAAUUACCAUGAUAUUGCAAUGUAGGAAAUAUGUGACACCAUGUUUUUUCUUCAUAUUGUAGUGGCUAGGGAGAUGCCUCAUGUUUGGCGCCCGCUAUGAAACACUGACUCGUGCCUUGUUUGUUUGUAUGUGAGUGUUGGAAGUGAGUUCAUGAAAUUAAGGAGUGAGUUAUAUGAGCUCACUCCUUUGGGUGUUUGGUUUGAUAUAAAAAUGUCAGGUUUGCACAAGUAUUUUAUUUUUAUAUUUGUAUUCUAAUUCUUGUAUGCAAAUAUUGAAGAGAUUUGAGACGUAAUAACUAAUAUUUUUUGAAUAA